AUGUGGCCUCUUCGGGGAGGCGGCGAUAGUGAAGAUAUUGGCUGCUGGGCGAACUGCGAAUCCUGUGGUGGAGGUCGCCGACGAAAGGAUAGUGCUUUGGAGGUCCACCAGAACACCGCGCCGAAGUCUAAGAGCGACAAAUGCACCGGCACGGAAACAGGGAAGCAACAUGAAUACCUCCAAGACCUCCAUCUUGAUGCUCCACGUACGCCAAUGGUGGUCACCCUCGGCCCGACAAGCGACCUGGACUGGCUCAGGUUCUCCUACCUGCUCCGCAACAAAAACCUGAGUUUCGACGACAUUGCAGAGCUUGUAUCCCAGUAUGCGCCCGAUGAUGGCAAUCUCCCGGAAAACGAUCUCGCGCAAGAAGAGGUUACAGCUGUCGGAGAAUCGGAUGCGCGUAAUAGUACAUGGCGGAUUUCCGUAAGACGGUCGGGAGUUGUUGAAUGGGACGUAGCGACCCUUGGGAAAGAAGGGCAUGCGUCAACAAUGAGUGGCAUUGAAAACGAAAGAGUCCAGUCUAGUGAGCCAAGUUGCGGAGCGGAAGUUCUUGAGUCCAACGGCAUAGACGUAUGCCACCACGGUCCACCUCAACCCCGAAAUCCUCCAAAGACUGUAAGGAUUGAUGGAGCGACGGAGCAGCCACCCAGACAGGAUGACGUCGAAGAUCUAGACCAAUCUGAUGAACGACGUUCCAGCGAAGACCAUGAGAUAUCCCGAUCAUGUUUCUCAUCCGAUUCAUCAGCUGACUCGGUCGACUUUUCGAAAGCGGAAAUUGGUAUUCAGGCGACCAAAAUGAGACCUACCAUGUUAUCCUGGCUGAGGCCCAAGAGGAAAUACGACAGCCUUCACGAGAACGCAAGACCAAACUCACCAGGUCCCAAGGAAUCCUCUGUAGGCCUCUGGAAGCGUAUCAGCAGAACGACAUCCCAUUCCACAAUAAACACCACUCUGGUGGAGAAAUUUGACCAGAAGCUGCAAGCCAAACUUUCCAAUGCCAAGUUACGAGCUUCUGGCGCGAGCCAGAUAGCACCCAACCACUGCCAUCCUGCGUUCAGGGAACACGCCGACGCGUCAAACGCCCAAUCAGAUCUAUCCACCUCAGCUCACAUCCUCAACGCUAUGCGAACCCUCAACAGCCAUCGCGCCAGCCCAAAAGUACCCAGCGACACCGCCAAAUCCCAACGAGGGAGUCACAACUCGAGCUUCAGCAGACCAAGGCCUUGCAGCACUUACUCCACCAACAUCAUGCCGUAUGGUUUCCACCGGCCGUACAGGCCUAGCCCAUUGAAGCACGUAACGCGUGUCACAUCGCUGGACGUGAACAAAGGACUUCCGCCCCUGCCCCCGGAAGCGCGACGGCUCGCGCACCAAGCUUCACACGCGAAGUUGAAGGACCUGCAGGCUGUGAAGAAGGUAGAUAUCAGGAAGGCGAUCAAUGAUAACAUCCUCACCAUGCCGCAGCCAGGGCAAUCCCACGAAAAGGACCCACGAUGGACAGCUGUUGACACCUACUCGUUCGGCCACCUCCACCCCUCCACGCGCACAACCCCCUCCCCAUUCGCCCUCCAACACGCCCUCGACGCCUCCCAGAAAGCCGGUCUCCCAGAUAUCGCCGUCUCGCCAUCCCAAGGCAAAUACCUCCAACUCACCGCACGCCUCGCACGCUCCAAAAACAUCCUCGAAGUAGGCACAUUGGGCGGAUACAGCACCAUCUGGCUCGCAACGUCCAGCCCCAAUGUGAACGUAACAAGCGUCGAAGUCGAUAUGCACCACUCCAAUGUCGCACGGUCGAAUAUCCAGGCCGCGGGCUUGGAAGACAAUGUGGACGUCAUAGAAGGGCCUGGUUUGGACAUUCUUCCUGCUCUGGCACAGCAGGUUAGAGACGGCAAGAGGCCGAAAUUUGACUUCGUCUUCAUCGACGCGGAUAAGGAGAAUAACUGGAACUAUGUGGAUAUAGCGCUGGUUAGCGGAAGAGACGGAUGA